AUGUCACGUCUUGCCUCGCUCGACUACAUAUUCGCCAUCACGCUUAUAACCUCAUUCCUUGAUGCAUACGGAAUGGGCGCUAAUGAUGUCGCAAAUUCAUUCGCCACUUCGGUCAGUUCACGCUCCCUCAGUUUCAGGCAGGCGAUUCUCGCAGCCGCGGUUUGCGAAUUCCUGGGUGCAAUUCUCGUCGGUUCACGUGUAGCGUCUACAAUCAAAGACGAUAUCAUUCCCCUCUCCAAUUUCCCAACUGUCGGUUUCCAGAUGCUUGGAUUCGGCUGUGUGUCCGCUGGAAGUGCGACAUUCCAGCUAUUCGCAACGAGUAUGGGCAUGCCGGUAUCUGCAACUCACACAGUAAUAGGCGCUGUCGUCGGUGUCGGUAUCGCUUCCGGUGGCGCUCAGUCAGUCCGUUGGGAAUGGAGUGGCGUUGGUCAGGUCUUCGCCGCAUGGGGUAUCGCCCCUGCCCUUAGUGGCUGUAUUGCUGCUAUUAUCUUCCUCAUCACCAAGUUUGGUGUGUUGAAGAGAAAAAAUUCUACCACUGUUGCUUUCUACGCAGCUCCUUUCUAUUUCUUCGCUGUUGCGGCCAUCCUCACCAUGUCAAUCCUGUGGAAAGGCGCAAGCACUGUCAAGGAGGGUGAAUUGACGACCGGUGUGCUUGUAGGCAGCAUCCUCGGCGCAGGUGGCGGUGUUUCUCUCCUUUCCAUUCUGUUUUUCCUCCCAUACGUGCACUGCCAAGUCGUGAAGAAGGACUACACCAUCAAGAUCUGGCAUAUCUUCCUCGGUCCGGCUUUAUGGUUCAGACAACCGCCAGCCGACGCGACCGAGAACACCCUUGCCGUACCUGACUACUACAAGGGCCAUCACGACGAAGACUGGGCUCACCUUGAUAAAGGAAAUAGACGCGGUGAAGAUGUUGAGGCUGCCGAUGGCGCGGAGGAAAGUAUGUCACACAAGUCUGAUCCCAUCAGGAGAAAUAGCGGUGAAUCGAACAGGCAUCCCUCACAACUUGCAGAAGAAGUUGAAAAGGAAUGCAGAUCAACAGACUUCACGGGCAGACCACCAAAACCUUACUACCAUCCAAUCGAAGGUGCGUGGAUCGAGCCAUGGAAUAUCUGGAUCAUGUUGCGUUACAAUCUUCUCCCUGCUGCCAAUUACUACCUCUUUGGUGGUCUCAGGACUAACAUCCACGAAAUGCAAAAAUCUGGCUCAGAGAAGACGCAAAAAAAGAUCAGAGACAUGCACGCAAAUGCAACGCAAUACGACAACAACACAGAACAUAUGUUCUCAUUUAUGCAAGUCAUGUCUGCAUGUGUCGCUAGUUUCUCACACGGUAGCAACGACGUCUCCAACUCAAUCGCACCACUAGCAGCUGUCUACCAAUGCUGGAAAACUAGUCAGUACAGCGGUUCAGAAGCUGAGGUGCCGGUGUGGGUAAUAGCUUAUGGUGGUAUAGGUAUUGUCAUCGGACUGGCCACAUAUGGAUGGAAAUUGAUGAGCGUCCUCGGUAACCGACUCACAUUGCAUUCACCAUCCAGGGGCUUUUCCAUGGAGUUGGGUGCAUCUAUCACUGUCAUUCUCGCCUCACAAUUCGGUAUUCCCGUCUCUUCUACACAAAGUAUCACGGGUGCCACUAUCGGUGUCAGCUGCUGCUCAGGUAGUUGGAGAACAACUAAUUGGAAAGCACUUGCUUUCUUCUUCUAUGGUUGGUGUAUCACCCUCCCCCUCGCUGGUAUCGUGUCUGGAUGCUUGUUCGGGAUCAUUGCAAACGCUCCUAGCUUUAAUGAUGUUUAA